AUGGGUGGGAGAACCACUCUUCUUGUCCUAACCUUUUCUCUUACUGUUCUUAGCAUUGAGCUUGGGAUUUCUCGUGGCUGCCGAGAGACAGAGAGGAAAGCCCUCAUCGACUUCAAGCGUGGACUUCAUGAUCCUUCCAAUCGUCUCUCUUCCUGGGUCGGGGAGGACUGUUGUGCGUGGGAAGGUGUUGGCUGCAGCAACAUCUCUGGUCAUGUUAUCAAGCUGGAUCUUCGGAAUAGACGUCGAAUGGAUCUAUACGAGGGCUACUCUCAACAGGAAGUUAAUGAUGAUCCAGGAUGCAGAUGGGCACUGCGCGGUGACAUAACUCCAUCACUGCUUUCUCUCCAACAACUUAGUCACCUGGACCUCAGCGGCAACUAUUUUACGCAUAAACCUAUCCCCAAGUUCUUUGGAGCUUUCAGAAGACUAACAUAUCUUAACCUCUCAGGUGCAGGCUUCGUGGGUAGAGUACCUGACCAGCUCGGAAAUCUAUCCACUUUGCAGCAUCUCGACCUUUCUUAUAACUGCUAUGGGGUUGAUGAAGGUGAUGGCUUCUUCUGCUUGUACCUUGAGAACACAAGAUGGAUCUCUAUGCUCACUUCCCUUCGGCAUCUUAACAUGACUCGUGUCCGUUUUACAAAUGCGGCCAACUGGUUACAAGAUUUGAACGUGUUGCCACAUGUUCAAGAGAUUGAAUUGAGUUCUUGUGAAUUAGGGAUCUUUCCACGUUCGCUAUCUCAUGUCAACUUCACGUCUCUCACCACUCUUGAUUUACGAGGCAAUGAUAUAAACUCCACCGUACCAGAUUGGGUGUUCAAUAUUACUAGCCUCGAGUUCCUUUAUCUUGGUGGGAAUCACCUAUAUGGGUUCUUUCCUGAUUCUGUUGCGAAGUUGACAUCUCUCCGGGCACUCGACUUGUCUGGGAGUGUGUUCCAAGAUGGCUUCAUGCAGCUAGCUCCUAUAUUCAAUCUCUGCAAGCUCCAAAUUCUCUACCUGAGCCAAGUGCCUAUCAAUGAUGUGCUUGCCAAUCUAGAAAUGGUUUUCUCUAGAUGUCUUAAGUAUAGCAUCGAGGAAUUGGAUCUCAGCGACACCCAGCUGAGUGGUUCCUUUCCGGAUUGGCUAGGGAACAUCAAGAAUCUAAAAUCUCUUGAUCUUUCUUUCAACUCCCUCUAUGGAUCAGUGCCUGCAUCUAUCGGGAAUCUAUCAUUGCUGCAACAUUUAGUUUUAUAUUCCAAUGAUUUGAAUGGGACGAUUUCGAAAGGCAUCGGACAACUGAAAAGCCUUGUCUAUUUGGAUCUCAAAACGAUGAUUGGAUCCCUCCUUUUCGGCUUCAAAGUCUCUUCAUGGAUUUCUGCCAAAUAG